AUGUAUGAUCGAACAAUUUCAAUUGGCAGUGCAGGAAAAGCGUUCUCUGUAACAGGAUGGAAGUUGGGUUGGUGUGUUGGUCCAGAACAUCUCUUGACUCCACUGAAGAGGAUACACCAGAACUGUGUUUUCACAUGCAGUACUCCAACCCAAGAGGCUCUCGCGUGCGCCUUUGAAAAAGAGCUUGUUUUAUUUAAAUCUGAUCCAAGUCGUUCCUACCUCUUAACUGGUCUCCCUACCGAGCUUGGAAUCAAAUGUGAUAAGAUGUAUAAGAUGAUGUAUGAUGCCGGUUUUGAACCGAUUCGUCCUGAAGCGGGAUACUUCAUGUUGGCUCAAUUCGGAAAGCUAGACGGACCAUUCAAAAAGGCAGAUUCAACAAAUGAUCCUCUCGACUUUCGAUUCGCUAGGUGGCUCUGCCGUGAGAAGAAGCUUGCUGUUAUCCCUCCAUCAGCCUUCUAUAGCGAUGAGUACAAGGCAACGAAUGAAACUAUGAUUCGUCUUUGCUUCAUGAAAGUGAGUACCAGUUACAAAUCUUAG